AUGGAGGACUUCCGCUCUUCACCAGCACCCCCUGGCAGCGACACGGCACUCAGAACAUCUCUACAGGGAACCAACUCCCAACUAGCGUCGACCAAGAAUCAGCAGACAUACCAACUACCUGCUGCCGUGGCCUUGUCUACCAGUCCUGAGAAAUAUCAGACGCCACCAAUUCUGGGCACAGUGCCGCGGUCGAGGCCGGUGAAAUCAGUUGGGAGUGGAGUCAAGGCCAUGGCAGCAUUGUUUGAGAACGCUUCCAAGACCUCGACGCUUCUUCCUUCCCCAGGCGGGAAGAUGAGUACCCAGGCUGACAGCAAGCCCAGUGAGAUGCUAUCGCCGUAUACGAUCAAUGUGUCGUCAGUGAAAUCGGCCCACGGCUCAGGCAAGCGGAACAUAAUUGCCAGCCCAGCCGGUGUUCAAGCCACGGAAAGUGUACAGCCACCUGUGGGGACCCGAGUCCUGAAGCAGCCGUGUACGCCAGAACCUCCGUCGUCGGAUCCCGGGCCAGCAGAGUCUCACUUCGCCAAGGAGACGGGAGGCGAAAACGUAGCAAAGCGAGCGGCCAACGUCCUUACUUCCCCGCCAACAAGCCCGCAGCAAGGGCCAAUAACGCCUCAGCGCACCUCAAGCACGCGCUGGUCCACCAGGUCCGCCUACGCUUCCAAGGAGACGCCCUCUACGACGCACCGCUUUCCCCUGCUAUCCACCCCAGAGCAGAACCAGCAGCAAACCACGCCGAUUCUUGACAGCUCCGGACCAACCGCCAACACCGAUGCAAACCCCGCUACCGAGAGCAGCCGCGACGAAGAAGCUAACCUGUCACUGCGUCCUCAGCUCCAGCCGCGCAAGCCUGUCGAAGACGAGCACAGGGAAGAAACGUCACAUUUCGACCACGCAGACGUCGACAAGUCUAACCGCAACACGGUUGAUACGGAGCUUGCCCGGUUAAGGCGGCAGUUGCGGCAGGCGGAGCAGGCGUGCGCGAUGUGGCGGGAGAGGGCGGAGCGCGCGGAGCUGAGGGUGAGGGCGCUAGAGCGGGGUGGGUGCUGA